AUGGCCGAAACCAAGAAGGAAGGAAAGCCUGUCACCAUUGCCAAGGAGGUGAAAACAGUUGAGCCGAAUGAAACGACGGCCAUCCUGUGUGCUGCGAGAGUUGUGUGUACCGCCAACCAUGUGAUAGCGAUGGACGCGUCGUUCGACAGUGGAGCGGACCAAAGUGUGAUCCCGCCAAGGACGCUAAAGCGGCUGCAAGACGCCGGGCGUGACAUGGUGGUGACAGAAUUGCCCGCACCUAUUUCGGUGCGUGGAUUCGUUGGUCCAAGCCACACAGUGACCCAAGAAGUCAAGCUGACGCUCAAUUUCGAGACAGAUGUCGGUCCGUUGGUACUAACUGACGUCAAGUGCUGGCUCUCUUCUGGUGACCUGCCGUCUGGUGUUGGUGGCAUCCUGCUGAGCCGUCCCAUAAUCAGCGAGUAUGACAUGGGGGACGUGGAGUCAACAAGUGGGGUGGUAAAGGCAGUCAUGCUGGCGACCAAGCAAGAGUUGGUGGAUGACCUGGCCGAUGAGGAAAAGGCUCUGGCUGUUUUGGAUGCCAAGGUGGCUGAAGCCAUGGCAGCAGGCUGUGGCAGUGAGUUUGCCCUGGUUCUAUCCAAGCUCUUGGCCAAGUAUGUGGACGUGUUCCGGCUUACGCUUGGCCACGAUCCGCCCGUGGACAUACCCCCCUUAAAGGUGCAUCCCACCAGGGUCUCCAAGCCAGUUCGUUGCAAGGGGAGGCGCUACUCUCUCCCUCAACGCGAGUUCAUGCAUAAGCAUGUGGAAGAGCUGGAGAAGGCUGGUGUCAUCUAUCGAAACCCUACCAGCCGAUGGGCGUGUGCACCCUUGAUCGUACGCAAGCCCCAUACCAAGGAUGAGUUCCGUAUGACGGUGGACUUGCACCCUGUCAACAGCCAGACGGAGCAGAUUGCCUGGCCGAUGCCCAUGUUGGAAAUUGUUGUGGACCAUUUGCGUGGCGCCACGUGCUUUUUCAUCUUGGACUUCUUCAAAGGCUACUGGCAAUUCUCCUUGGACAAGAGCUGUCAAGAGAUGUUCUCUUUCUUGACGGACACCGGUGUCUACACGUCCACCCGCGUCAUGCAAGGUGGCAGCGACAGUGUGGCCUACUGCCAGUCCACCGUUCAAGCCAUGUUUGCUGAGCAGCUGUACAGGUGUUUGUUAGCGUGGCUGGAUGACCUUCUGGGCUACCACAAAACGCCAACUGGCCUGCUUUCGGCUCUAGCUGAAGUGCUUGAAGUCUGUGCUAAGCGUGGUCUGAAGCUGCACCCGAAAAAGUGCCAAUUCUACGCAAAGGAGGCCAAGUGGUGUGGCCGCAUCAUCAGCGGGACGGGUGUGAAACACGACCCAGCGCGGGUGGAGGCUUUGCAACAACUGUCGGAGCCCAAGACAGGUGCUGACCUCCAGCAUUGGUGGGAAGCGUACCAAGCAGUUGGCAGCUACUGUACUGUGCUGCUGGCUGAUGUCGGCUGGAAUGACACUCAUACCGCCGCGCUGGAAGCCACCAAGAUGGCUCUAGCCAAGGUGGUGGAACCCAGCCAUCCCAAGCCAGAUAAGAGGCUGUGUGUGUUCGCCGACGCCUCGGAAGAGCACUGGGGUGCUGUAAUCACUCAAGUCCCACCGGACCAGCUGGAGCGACCUUUGGAAGCUCAAUCCCAUGAGCCACUCAUGUUCCUGAGCGGGACAUUCACGGGAUCUGCUGGACGCUGGGCCAUUGUGGAGAAGGAAGCCUAUGCCAUCGUGGAAACACUGAUCAGGGCUGACUAUCUGCUGCAUCCUGUAGCUGGUUUCACACUCUACACUGACCAUCGCAAUCUCAAGUUCAUCUUUAGCCCGACAGCCGUGGUGUCCUCUGUACCAAAGUAUACCGCCCAGAAGCUGGAACGCUGGGCUCAUUUGUUGAUGGGAUACAGCUACGAGAUCCGCGACAUACCUGGAGAGACGAACGUGUGGGCCAACCUGCUCUCGCAUUCAGGAUCGCCCCUGAAGUCCAUUUCUGCCAUCAGCCGAGAACCGUUGAUGGUAUCUCCCUUGCGAAGCAGCUCCUUUGAGUGGCCGACUUUGGUGUCCAUUGGAGCUGCCCAACGAGAACGGCUGGACACUGACACCCCGGUUGCUCUACCCCUAAAUUCUAUCCAGCUAGCCGAGCAUCAAAUCCAACUCGACUCCGGCGAGACGUGGUCUCUACGCUACGCUUGUGUGUGUGCCCAUGCGAGUUUGGCCGGACAUCGGGCUGCCAGUCAUACUCUUGAGAGUUUGUUGGUGUUCUGCUGGUGGAGCACCAUGGAGAAGGACGUGCAGUUCUUCGUCGACCGCUGCCUGCAUUGUGCCAGUGUAUCCGGUGGUGCGACACGACCAUUGGGGGAAGCCCUGCACUCUACCCAGCCAAAUGGUUUGUUGCACUGGGAUUAUCUCUUCAUGGGAGACUCCAAGAAGAGUGACAGGUAUCUGUUGGUGAUCAAGUGUGACGCCAGCAAACUGGUGUGGCUAUUUCCUUCCAAGGAGGCCACGGCAGUGUUCACCAAGGACUGUCUGCUCCAAUGGUCUGCGGUGUUUGGUGUGUGCUAUGAAUGGGUGUCGGACCAAGGUACUCACUUUAAGAACCAAGUCAUCUCCGAGCUCCAACAUGUACUGGGAGCGCACCAUCACUUCACCACAGCUCGCUGUCCGUGGGCGAAUGGGACAGUCGAGGUAGUGAUGCGUCAACUGUUGCGUCUGUUUCGGGCUUGUUUGAGUGAGUGGCGCGUGGCGACAACCCAGUCGAACGAGAUCCACCUGGUCAUCAUGCUCAUCAUGAACCAGCUUCCGUCCCCAUCUCUAGGUGGCCUGGCACCUGUCACCGCCAUGUCUAGCCGUCCGGCCAUGUCACCGAUGGACACGAUCUCUUUACCUGGCUCCCUAAAGUCAGCAACCCUGAAUGAGAUCGAGUCGAUGCAGCGUGCCAACAUUGACAAUUCACGUGCCGCCCUGGACGCUAUGCACAAGGAGAUGAAUGCGGCGAAUGCAUUGAAGCGCGAUCGAGCGCGAAAGCCACAUGACAAGAAGCGUGGUGUCAAGAUGGCCCAGUUCGUUGUGGGCUAUUAUGUGCUCUACCAAGACGUCUGGCAGCACCAUCGCGCCAAGUUGCGUACCACCUGGUGUGGGCCUGCUGUGUUGACUUUUGUGACCAGCAGUUGGCUGUACGUCUUCAAGAACCUAAUCACCGGCGACGAGCGAGAAGCUCAUGCCAGCCGCCUCAAGUUUUACGCUGACAAGAGUCUACAUCUGUCCGAAGAUUUAAAGGAACAUGUGGCCCACAACUCUGACGGUUACGAGGUGGAGGCCAUCCUGGACGCUCUCUACAUUGCAGCGAAGAAAUCCUAUGAAGUUCUCAUCAAGUGGCGUGGUCUCCAAGUCGUGGAGAAUGCCUGGGAGCCAACGGCCACCAUAUACGAAGAUGUCGCGGUGGCGUUCAAGAACUUCAGCACCAAGAAGGGAUCCUCCGCCGUCAUCAAGCAGAUAGCCAAUGACUAUUCCGUGAUGGAGUAA